AUGGCCCUGCUUGCUAUUUUAAGGCGGUGUUUGGGCUUGCCUUUUAUUUUAAGCUCGGUGUUUGGGCUUCAUGGCCCUCCCAAAGCCCACGGAGCAUCGAAACGGUGCGUUCCACUGUUAAAGGCAGUGAAUCAGGAGGGCAGAGUGGAAGGAAGGAAAGAAGGCAGCGAAGGGGAAGGGUUUGGGCCUUUGGGGUUUAGAAAGAGAGAAACGUUCACUCACACAGAGACACAGCGAGUCAGCAACAGCGACACCAUGAGGCUUCUCCAAUCCAUUACUGGUCAGUGUAGGCCGGUGCUGCUGCGAGCGCUGGGUCGGCGAUACUUGGCUGCGGCGUCAACAGAAGAAUACGCGAAGAGAAACUACGCGAGCAACGUGUCGGAGUACAAUACGGUCUUGAAUUCUCUGAAUGCUCAGAGAAGGCAUUUCUUACUGAGGGAUGUGUAUGAUGAUAUGAUGCUCGAUGGGGUGCAGCCGGACCAGGACACCUUCAAAUCCCUAAUAUUGGGCACCAUGAAAGGCUCUAGCUUGCAGGACGCUUUCUACUUCGCUGAUCAAAUGAAAAACAUGGGCUUGGCCCCUGAUGUUAAUUCGUAUAACAUUUUGAUCACAUUGUGCGGGAAGUGCAAGCACUCUGACAAAGCUAUUCAGAUUUUGGAAGAUAUGAAGAAGUUUGACGUGAAACCAAAGGUGCAAACUUACAUGUGUCUACUCAACGCAUGUGCAGCUACUGGCCAUUUAGAUCGAGUGUAUGCAAUUGUCCGUGACAUGACCGCUGCUGGUCUUGGAUUAAACAAGUUCUGCUAUGCAGCACUUAUAACCGCACUUAGGAACAAGACACCCUUACCAGAUGAUUUUGGCACCAAAAUUAUAGAGUUUGUUGAAAGGUCAAAAGAGUGGACAUCGGUUGAAGAAUCAAGUAUGACUGCUGAAAAUGUAAUGAUGGAUAUAACAGAAGAAGAGUUAUAUAAUAUGCCCACUGCUGAAUAUGCUCGUAGGCGUGGAUUUUUGAAUAGGCAACUAACCGUGUAUCAUGCUGCGCUUCAUGCUUGUGCAGACCUCAGGAAUGUAGAGGUGAUGGAAGCUCUUUUGGGGAUGCUAGAGAAAGAUGGAAAAACUCCUGACCUCUUUAUUGUGAUGCAAAAGAUGAGGUGCUAUCUACAGUCUGGGGACAUUGACUGUGGUCUUAAGACGUUUGACGACUAUAUGAAGUCAGGAAAUCUUCCCGCAGUAGAAUUAUAUACGAUGCUUGUGGAGGGAGCCAUGAUUGGGCAUACACCCAAGGGAAUGCAAAUUGCCCAAGAAACAUUGGUAAAUAUGACUUCCCGCAACUUUUAUUUGAGCCCAAAAAUGGGGAGUGAUCUUCUCCUUGCAGCUGCUGGUGAUGAGACUGGAGGUUAUACUGUUGCCAACUAUAUAUGGGAUUUGAUGCAAGCUCGUAAUAUAAUUCCUCAAUUUCCUGCUGUAGAAGCAUAUUACAAGGGCUUAAAAAAACGUGAGAUUCCCGGCGAUGAUCCACGACUGUUAGUGGUUACGCGGACUUACGAUGACCUUCUCGCGAGAAGGGGACCCAGAAGACCUUCCAGAUAA